CGGAGUGUAGCACUACUGAUUAUGGCUGCUGCUGUAGCGUCAGCGUCGGCGUUAAUCGGGGGUGAAAUUCGAACGGGUAACCAACUGUUAUCAUCUGUUGUGUCAAACUGUGCCGAUAUGGGAUGUGUAAAAGAGCAUGUUAUAUCAUAUUUGGAUACCAUGAUCGACAAAGAUUAUACGAGCGGUAGACAAUUUAAGAAUAUGGAUGCAGCUAUCCUUAAGAGAGUGUCACGAAUUAUCAAAACGCACGAAUUCCGACUAACCCUGCCUGAAUUUAUGUUCGACAAGACUCAAGUGGUGUACAACCCCAAAAGUGGCUUGGAUGUUGUAAGUACCGAUGGAGAAGAAGGCCGAGGACUUCUGAAAAAGAAGCUUUUGCUGCCAGUGCUGUUACUUCUGAAACUGAAAAUGAAAGCCUUACUGCCAAUCUUCGUCGCGCUAAUUGGUUUAAAAUCGUUCAAGGCCCUCAUACUCAGCAAACUCGCGAUCACUAUCGUUCUUGGAUUCAUCAUUUACACGCUUCUUACGAAAUCAGGUAUGCCAAUGCCGAUGAGUAUGGCACCGGUUGAACCGCCAGCCCCCAUUUACGGCCCCCCGGCUUCAACUGCUGCACCAAACUCGUACGAGCCUAGUUGGGAACCCAAUUCCGGUGGACCAUAUUCUAGAGUGUGGAACAGCGCGAACGAUGCUCACAAUUUGGCGUACUCCGCCUAUUACCCUGGUCCCGUAAGCAGUUCCACGGCGGGACCGUAAAACUACACCCGGUAAAUAAUUUAUUGCCUUGUGUAAAUAUGAAGACAUUAUUCCAUUGCGAGAUGGGAUUUAUACGAGAACUGAGUAUUCAAAAGUUAUUGUAA